AACAUACAUCCUGCGCUUGUCACCGAGAGACCACCCGAAGCUAAAAAGCGACGACAAACAGGCUAAUAGUUUAAGAGGGAGGUUGAAAGAGCACAUCCAGCUUGAUUCAGAACUGGAGGAAUUGUGUUUUCCCCCCUGAACUUUAAUGCCAACAAGCACUAAGUUGUUUACUUGAUCGAAACAUCAGCAGAAAUCAUGUCGGCGGAGCAGCACGGUCUUCUGGACCUGGCAAAAAAUCAGCUGAAUUUGGACUACGGUGACUUUGACAUGAGGUUUGAUGUGAAGAAGGAGGCUGCAGCUUUGGGACCGGAGCGCUCUUUUAUCCAGCAGUGCGGCGUGCACGUCCCGGGCUCGGUGUCCAGCACCCCCAUGAGCACACCGUGCAGCUCCGUGCCUUCCUCGCCGAGCUUCAGCCCGAGCGGACAGAGGACCGAAGAUCUCUACUGGACCCUGAGCAGCACGGGCGCGUACCCGCAGCACGCAGACCCACACUGCCUUGAACUGACCCACGAUGACGUCCGGGAAGCUUUAAGCUCUAAUCUCAUGCAUGCACACCCGCCUCAGCUGCACCAGGCAGAGAUGGAGGGAUACAGGAGCAUCGGUCAGUUCGCCCCGCCGGGCAUGCAACAGUAUCACCACCAUCAGCAGCAGCAGCAGUACACAGAUCUUCACAACCCUGAGUUUGCGCACGGUAAAAGCGUGGAGCAGUUAAUGCAGCAGCUCGACUGCUCUCCGCAAGGCGCGGCGCACUUGAAGCCGCUCCAGCAGACGCACCAUCGGCGCAGCGAGCGCGCAGAGAGCCGCUUCUCCGACCAGCAGCUUGUGUCCAUGUCCGUGCGCGAGCUCAACCGACAUCUCCGCGGGAUGAGCAAGGACGAUAUUAUCCGCCUCAAGCAGAAACGUCGUACCUUAAAAAACCGCGGCUACGCGCAGUCGUGUCGGCAUAAACGCGUUCAGCAGAAGCACUUGCUGGAGCACGAGAAGACGAGCCUGGCGACGCAGGUGGAGCAGCUGAAGCACGAGCUCGGUCGGCUGGUGCGCGAGAGAGACGCAUAUAAACUCAAGUGCGAAAGGCUAGUGGUCGGAAUGAGCUGCCAGAGCAAUAAUGGACCCUCUUGUGAAAACCCAUCAUCGCCCGAAUAUUUGCGAUAGUUCUCUGUGUACUUAGAAGUUCUCUUAAAUAUUAUAUAUAAAAGCAGCAUAAGAUUGUUUGCUGGUCUGUCCAGUUGAAGAAUGAUCUGCAAGUCCAACAAACUUUUAGACUGGUUUUAGGUGUUUGUUUUCUUUUUGUCAGCAGGGGAAAAGUUUUUAUUCUGUUAUCUAGUAUUUUAUAUUUUCACUCAACUUUAUCUCUGACAUGUCAAGCUGGUUUUGAUAAUGUAUCUUUUAUCUUCUGGUUUUCGCCAUCUCAGCUAUGCAAAUGACAUUUGACCCUUUUGGCAAUAGAUGCAUUGCACUGUUUGUUUGUUUGAACAUUUUGUAUAUCUUUUAUUUGUUUGUCGAAUCAGUUGUAACAUUUUCAAGAAUUGUCAUCAAAACUCUUUUGAAAGGGAAAUUAUUUUUGAUUUGCAAUUAAUUUUUACCUCCAAAAUAAAUUUUGUUGAAAGAAAAA